AUGAAAGAUGCAGGCAAGUGCACGGCAGCGAUCUUCGCAGACACGUCUCCCGAGUGGCAGAUGACUGCGCAAGCUGCCUUCCAGGUGGACAUACCGAUUACCACCGUGUACACGACUCUUGGGCACGAGGCAAUGGUGCAUGGCCUGAACGAGACAGACUGUGCUGUGUUCUUUAUCGGUUAUGCCCAGUACGACGUACUGAGAGGUCCCGUCUUGCCCAACCGCCCGAAUCUGAAGCACAUUGUGUUCAUUCGGAAAUGUUGGGUGCCGCAGGAGGUAGUGGGUGGCGAGAAGACGUCCUCUCCCACGGCUGACAUGACCGCGUCAGUGCCGGCGGCGUGUUCAGCCAAGCUGGCAGCGAUGGAUGUUGGGAUCGACCCAGGGAAGGCCACGCGGCGCGUAGAUUCGGAUGCGGCUGGCCCUGCGGAGGACAGUUUGGCCUUCGUCGUGCACAUUUCGGGGACGACGGGCCUGCCAAAAGCAAUCAUGCCGACGCAAAAAAAAGAAAGAAAAAAAAAAAAACGUCUCGGUCUGUGCGGGUAUCGAGGCGCACGGCGCCAUCACGGCUGGGCCACAGGAUGUGAACACAGUUUGCCUGCCGUCGGCGCACAUCCUUGCGCUCUGCGGGGAGGCCAACAUUCUGACAAAAGGUGCCAGGAAGGGUUGUGGGAGCCCGAAGGCAACGAUAUCAGGCUCACCCUUCAUAGCCAAAGACAACGCGGAGGGGUCUGA